AUGACGCCCACCGCCAUUACGCCCAACGACGACGCCAGCACGCUCAGCGACGAGGGAAUAGAAGAAACGUUUGCAGACGCGUUGGCGCUCCUCUUUUCGGUCCCACAAGUCGCAGUCACGGCGAGACCAGGACGAGUAUGGACUCAUGCGAAUACGGGAAUCCGAGUGUGCAUUCCUUUGACGGCAAAAGACGAGAAUUGGACGUUGCAGGCGGAUGCAGUGUGGCUGGCGAGCAUAUUUCUCGCAGACCAUCUGGAUCUAUUCGACGCGGACAGCUUCAAGUACGAGUCUGUCCUCGAGCUCGGAAGUGGCAGUGGCCUCUUGGGUCUGGCGAUUGCCACUAGAUUUCCUCAAGCACGAGUUGUGUUGAGCGAUUACCCUGAUGAGGGCAUCAUCAACACCCUCAAGCAAAAUAUAAGGCUCAAUAAUCUGGAGGAGAGAGUAUCGGCGCUUCCUCUUGACUGGAACGCCCCAGAGACACUCAGAAGCAGAAGGUUUCAGACCAUCAUCGCGGCGGAUACACUAUGGAACUCACAACUACACCUGCCCUUUUGUCGAACACUCCGAAAGUCUAUGACACCCGAUGCAGAUAUCCACAUCAUUGCAGGGUUACACACUGGCCGGCUGACACUGCAGCGAUUCAUCGAGACAGCCAACCAACAAGGAUUCGACGUUAUCAAUACAAUGGAGUACCACGUCUCCAACAGUAAAAAGCGAGGGUGGGCUCAAGAAAGACCAGAGGAGACACAGGAAGACGCAGCUCAUUGGCUACUGUACAUCAAUAUGAAACGAAAAGUUGAUUCUAUCAACUAUACAUACUUCAAGUGA